AUGGCGACUGAAGCGGAGAAAUCGGCGGUGGACCAAAUUGCUCCGCCUCCGGCCCCCGUUGUUGCUCCCUUUGCCCCCCCGGCUCCUCCUGCUGUUGUUGCGAUGUCCUCAGUUCCAGUCCCGCUGGCGCCCGCUCCCCCACCGAGCGUUUCACCCACUGUUCCCGCGUACGGCGCGCCGUUUUUCGUUGCGCAGCCGUCGCUUGUGGCGCCGCCGCCUGUCCUAGCUGUCGCUGGGGGCCCUGCGCCAGGGACAGCGGUGGGUGCCGGCCCCGACUCUGCCCACCUGGUGGCCCCUGCGGCUGCGCCUGUACAUCCCGUCACGCAGCGGCUCGCGGAGUCACAGAUACGCGGUGCUGCGGGGGGCAAUGCGGCAGCGCAUCGGGGGCGAGGUUCUCCUCGGCGUCGCCCCUCCUCGUCGUAUCGGUCGGCGCACCGCGGAGGCCGCGGUGGCUGGUGGGGAGGUCACGGUCACGGGCGCGGUGGACCAAGCGAGAUGCAGCAGCUGCGCGAGGAUAACCCGGGGAUGUUAGCUGCGGCGAUGCACAAUGCUCUGAAUGGCGCACCGAAUCUUGGAAGCUCGCUGGCUCCCGCCGCUCCUACGCCUGCACCAGCUCCUGUGAAUGUGCAAGCUCCGGCCGCGCCCCUUGCUGCUCCUGUGCCACACGCAUCGACGUACCCGCGGGUUCCCGCUCCUGGCGGUGAUCGUGCUCCGCAUGCCUCCUUGCGUCCCGUUUCUGCUGCGCCAUAUCCCCCUCUGCCCUGGAUUCCCCCUCUUCCGGACACGGGAUUUGUGGGAGCGGGAGGCGGAGGGGCGAGGGGGGCCUUCGUCCCUCCGCGACAGCGUGCUGAUGUUCCGUCAGCCCAGCACAUGGUAUCACGCAACAUCACGGCCAGCCUGCGCGCGGCCCACCUGCCAUCAGCACCUGACGCCAUCGUGCUGCCCAUGGUGCGCCUCGCCCUCUCCUGCACCGCUUCCGACCCCCUCUCCCGCCCCACUGUCACCGACCUGCUCCGCUCCAUCAAGGGUCUCAAGCGCUCCCUCUCCGCCCUCCCGCGCCCUGCCGUGCCUGGCAAUGGAGGGACGAGCAGGGAUGGUGCUGCCCGUGGUGGGGGGGCUGGAGAGCAGCAGGGUGGGGAGAAUGGGGAUGGGCAACGUUUCAGUCAGAAUGCGCUAGAUGCAAAAUUAGACUGGCUUCUGGAGGAAGAGGAUAGUGGUAGCGACCGUUUGCUUUCUCUCCGCCCCGCUCCCGCCCACUGGCAGACCCUACUCCAAAACUCGCUUGCGCCGUUCCUCUACCCGCUCCUCCUCUCCCACUCCCCCUCCGCCGCUGCGCGCCAAGCCGCACUAAACGGAACUACAGCCGCCUGCAACGUGUCCGCCCUUGCCGCCGAGGCAGUGGCGUAUGAGGCGGCCAGAGGUAGCGGCGGAGAAGGCGGAGGGGCGAGCGGCGGAGACGGCGGAGGGGCGAGCGGCGAGGUGUCGACGGCCGACGUUUCGGCGCCGCCGGGUGCGGCGGGCGACGUGACGACGCCGAAAGAACUAGCGCGCUACACGGACAUCAUAGACGCGAGAUCCCGGCGGAACCAGUCAGACGCGAAUGAAGCGAGUGUGCUGGAGGCGGAGGCAGCGCAGUGGAAGCAGCGCACGUACCAGCAGAGAGGGUUCAUGUACCAGUUCAGUCGCACCCGUUCGCAAACUGACUUGCUAGCAACACAACCCUGCCUCCCUUCGUCCCCCUCGCAGACUGACGCGCUAGCAGCGUUUUGCCAGCUGGCAGGCAACACGUCUCAGGCGGGCGGUUAUCUGGCAAUGACCAUGGAUGACGUGGAGGCUGCCGUUUUCACGGAGGAGCCCAGAGAGCUUCUAGAGCCUCCGCCAGACGACGCCCUCCCCGUCCUCCUCACGUGGUGUUCGCAGCCGCUGUAUGGCGAGCUGGACGCGGGCAUGGUGUGGGCGUGGGCGGAGUACCACCGUGUGCAUGCCCCCGUGCACCGCUUCCUCUUCUACGACAUGGCCGCCUGGACGCCAACCCUCUCCACGCUCUUCCGCCCGUACUUCGCUGCGGGGAUUGCUGAGAUCACGGAUAUGUCCGCCGGGCACCGCCUUGGGUUCCAUGCGGGAUCGGGCCCUAAGGGGUUCUUGUCUAAGCACCAGACGCUGGCGGGCAACGACUGCAUAUUCCGCUCGCUGGCAUCGUCGCGCUGGGUGACUCUGCACGACACGGACGAGUUCCUCGCCCCCGUGCUGCCGCACUCCCUGCCCUCGCUCCUCGCCACCCACCGCCACGCGCCCUGGCUCUCCCACGGCGCCCUCGUCGUGGAUCUGUCCGUGUGUGAGGGCGCGGGCGACGUGGAGGGGAGUGACGGGAGGACUGGCAGUAGAGUUGGUGGGGAAACGCAAGGGCGUGGCGGGCAGGGGGCGGACACAGACGCAGAAGGAGAAGCAGCAGGAGAAGGGGCGGAAGCAGAAGCUAAGAGGAAGAGCGUGGAGGUCUUGUCAAAGCUUGUGUUUCGGCAGCCAGAGGUGUGGUGCAUGCAGGACGGGUCGCAGGAGCGGAUAGAUCCGGCGGUGUGUGAGGACUGGCGCGGGCACCGCAAGGUCAUUGUCAACCCCAGAAAGACGUCAGUGAUGUCCAUCCACAUGGUCAGAGAGCCGCAGACGGGCGGCGUGGUGCUCAACGCCGCCACUCACCUGCGCCACUACCAUUUGUCUGGAGUGGUCAACCCAGUCAACAAGCGCUGCAGCACUGUUGUGCCGCCAGGGGAGUCCCAUGUGUGGUUUGUGAGGGACACCACUAUUGCUGACCGGGUCUGGAUGAUAGCUAAUGCGUCUGCUCCUCAGCCUCUGCUCCUUUGA